GAGUUCCUAACUAACUUAGUAUGACCUUUGAAAUAUCACAAUUUGGGGAUUUGGGAUUGAUUAAUUUUCCUUCGAUUUCUCAGCAACCAAACACACUCUUAUGCGUUAAAUAUCCCACAAGUCCCACUCUCCCGUAAAUAUAGCGGAUUAGGAUCCACAGUCUUGAUUUUGUACUAAAAGAAAAGAGUCAGACUCACAGCACUCGUCGCGCCCUUUUAUCUCUAUACUACAUUCACGAGGGUUUUUCUUUUCAGCGCCAUGGAAGCAUCAUCUUCUCAGCCGUCCGAUUCAAAUCCAACGGCUACUACUGGCGCCACCAAAUUCCUCGCUAACCUUCCUUCUCGCGGCUUCUUGUCCUCUACCGUUGUUUCUUCUAAUUUGGGUGGGAUGCGAGUCUAUAUCUGUGAGCAUGAAACAACCCCCCCAGAGGGUCAACAGAUAAAAACUAACCAAACAAACAUAUUGAUUAGAUCACUCCAGCUUAAGAAACAAAAGGGUGAUUCCAGUUCGAAGGAUGCUAAGGGGGUAACUGCAGCUGAGGGUUCUAGAAAGCGUGCUUCAGAAAGGGUUCAGGACGGGAGGGCUUCAGCUAAGAGAAGCAAUAAUCAAACUGGUUCUCGACAAGAGGGAUCCGAUAGCUGCACAUCUGAUAGAGACCUGUACAGUUUGACAGUAGAAAGGCUCCGUGCCCUUUUAAAGGAGCGGGGCCUUUCACCCAAAGGAAAGAAGGAUGAGCUGGUUGCAAGGUUGAGAAACGUAAAUGGUUAAUCAUUCAGAAGUGCGGGGAUAAAUCUGUUGCCGUAAUUGUAUACGUCCGGGGCAAGGAGUUAGGUGAUUUUGUUGUCUUCUAUGUAACUUAGAAAAUGGGUCAAUGAUGGAUGACAGAGAAGUGUUAAUGUUAAAAGUUGAAAAACGUGUGAUAAUUUGAGUGUUUUUUGCUGCC